CAUGUUGGACUUGCUGCUGCCGCACCACGACGUGGUGGAUCGCUUGGGAAUUCCGGAGGUUUGCUUUUUGGGGCCAGACGAAAACACAGCAACUGGGGGCCUCCCCGACUGGGCCGCGGAAAGGGCCCGCGAAAGAGGCGCCUGGUUUUGGAAAGCCUUCACGACUGGCAAGCGGCCGCAGAACGGAGGCAUUCCCCACGACGUGUUUGGAAUGACCACAGCGAGUGUGGAGACUUACGUGCGAGGCAAGCAGCAGCAGCAGCAGCAGCAGCAGCAGCAGCAGCAGCAGCAGCAGCAGCGGCGGCGGGGGCGCUGCAGACGGCUGCUGCGAGCCAGACGCAGCAAACGCCAGAAAAAUCCGACACGGAUUUACGAGAAGUUGGGAUUAGAUGAAAGAGAAGUCACUCGCAUUCAAACUGGAGGCCCCGAUGGGGACUUGGGCUCAAACGCUUUGCUGCAGACUAAGUCCAAAACCCUCGCCGUGGUGGAUGGAGCUGGAGUCGUCUACGACCCCGAGGGACUCAACGCCGAAGAGCUGCGGCGGUUGGCCAGUUUGCGAUUUAAAGGAGAAAAAACUUCUUCAAUGCUUUUCGACUCUUCUCUUUUGUCUCCCAAAGGUUUCAAAGUUCCCCAAGACGCCAGGGAUAUCACGCUGCCGGACGGGACUUACGUGGCGAGCGGGAUAGAGUUUCGGAACAACUUUCACUUGUCGGAGUUUGCAGUUUGCGACUUGUUCAACCCCUGCGGGGGCCGGCCGGCCUCCAUAAAUCCCCAAAACGUCGAAAAACUUUUCGAGCAGCAAACUGGAAUUCCGAAGUUCAAAUUUAUUGUCGAAGGCGCCAACGUUUUCAUCACCGACGAGGCCAGGAGGGAACUCGAAAACCGCGGAGUCAUUCUCUUCAAAGACGGAAAGUCUCUUUUCUUUUUUGGUCUUUUUUGA